AUGUACGAUCGUCUUGUGCCUUGGUAUCGCACGGCUGGAGUGGCCUCGAUUAUUAGCUCCUGUCUUGGAGCCUAUUGUAUCAUAAAGAAGUCAACAAAAGAAAUGAAAAAUUAUAAAUGGUGUCUGUUCAACAUUUUGAUCUGUACGAGUAUUUCCGAUUUGGUUGUCGCAUUCUGGAUACAACCGCUCUCCUUUUUUCCGCUUGUGGGCGGUGUGGGACGAGUGCGCAAGUGCUAUUUUAAUGGUAAACUUUUGUAUGGCUUCCAUUCAAAUUGGCUUCCUCUAUCGUUUGAUGGUGCUCUACGAAAAUUGUUGGCCGAUCAGACGAGGCAGAAAUUUGAUUGUGACUGUGACUCCGGUUCUCUUCGAGGCUACGAUUGGAGUUAUUAUGUUUUCGCCUAUCAUGUACUCAACUGGCAUGAGACACUCGACCACGAUUUUAAUCUUUUCCUGCUUGAUAACUGGAUAAACCCGAAUUUUUUUGGUGUCAAUUGUAUUGGGCGAUAUCCGGCGUUACCUACAUGUUCCGCGAGAAAGCGCCACUUCUUUGCCAUUGUCGCUCUGAUUAUACAAGCAAUUGUACCUCUAGUUGGCUACGUGAUUCCACUGUACAUUUUUUCCAUUCUUGCUCAAACCCGUCUCGAACGGAAUCUUCAGGAGCCCACUUCGGUUUUCGUUGUUAUGCUUUCAACGCACGGCGCAUUGAAUGCAUUGGUGAUGAUGAUGAGUCGCACUUUGCAAAGCGGAUGGAAGAAUCUAUGGAGCAUCGAGCGGUCAGCUGUGGAG